GCUCGGCGACGCCGCUACCAGACCAGGCUUCCGAACUAAGCCUUCGCGGGAUCGAAUUGGCUGUACGGCAGUCACCCGAACCGCGGCCCGCUUGCGGUCAGAGGAAUCAGGGCCCUACCCGGCCGCCGUAGCGACCUCUCUGUAGUGGGCGGGGCCGAGGCCGGGGUGACCCCGCGGGAGCCACCUCUGCCAGCAACAUGUUCAAGGUAAUUCAGAGGUCUGUGGGGCCAGCCAGCCUGAGUCUGCUCACCUUCAAAGUCUAUGCAUCACCUAAAAAGGAUUCACCUCACAAAACUUCCGUGAAGGUUAAUGAGCUUUCACUCUACUCCGUUCCCGAGAGUCCAUCUAAAUAUGUGGAUGAGCCAAGGACCCAACUUGAAGAAAGCAUCUCACAUAUCCGACACUAUUGCGAGCCAUACACAAGUUGGUGUCAGGAAAUGUACUCACAAACUAAACCCAAGAUGCAGAGCUUGGUUCAGUGGGGGUUAGACAGCUAUGAAUAUCUCCAAAAUGCACCUCCUGGAUUUUUUCCAAGACUUGGUGUUAUUGGUUUUGCUGGCGUUCUUGGACUUCUUUUGGCUAGAGGUUCAAAAAUAAAGAAGUUGGUGUAUCCCCCUGGGUUCAUGGGAUUAGCUGCCUCUCUUUAUUAUCCACAACAAGCCAUCGUGUUUGUCCAGGUCAGUGGGGAGAAAUUAUAUGACUGGGGUUUACGAGGAUACAUAGUCGUAGAAGAUUUGUGGAAGGAGAACUUUCAAAAGCCAGGAAAUGUGAAGAAUUCACCUGGGAAUAAGUAGACUGCUCCAUGGCUCUGCCCAUUUUAAUCAGUUAUAGGUAAACAUUGGAAACUCCAUGCGGUAAACCAGUAUUUCUACAGAAAAAAUGGCAGAGAAGUCAGUACUGAAUGUAGUAAAUUGGCUUUCUUCUUCAGGAAAAACUAAACGAGACUUCUUUGUUAUCUUGGGUGAUACCAUACUCCAAGUGGACUAAUUGGAAAUCUUUUCACCUAGAGAUAAUGUCCAGCCUUAGAGCUCGUCACUCUCAUGUUGCUAUUUAUAUACAUAAUUAAAAUUCCAAGUUAAAAAAAUUGUUCUGCGUUUUUU